ACAGCGAGCUGACAACUGCUCGGACCACGCCCCAGGAGCGAUGCAGGCAUUGCGCCACCUCUUGCUGACCUGCUUGGCCGCGCAGAUGUGCGCCGCCUUCCGUCUGCCGCGAGACGUCCUGCCCGAGAAGUACGCCUUGCACGUCGUCACCCACCUGGGGGACCACGGCGACGACUUCAGCUUCGAGGGAAGCGUGCACAUCCAGGUGCGCGCGCUCCGCCCCACUGAAGUCAUCGUGCUGCACAGCAGAGGCCUCGGCAUCGACGGCGACGACCUGCAGGUGACGCAGCGCUCAGGGGAGCAAGACCACGACCACCCCUUAGAGAACCUGUACCGCGGCAUGGACUUCGAGCCGCGGGACGACCUGCUCGUGCUGCGCCUGAGCCGGCCGCUGAGCGAGCACCACAUCUACGAGGUGCGCGUGCACUACCGCGGGAACCUGACCGGCGGCCUGGACGGCUACUACCGCAGCAGCUACAGCGACGCCGGGGAGAAGCGGUGGCUGGCGGUGACGCACUUCGAGCCGUCGGACGCCAGGAAGGCGUUCCCGUGCUUCGACGAGCCGGACAUGAAGGCGCAGUUCCAGGUGAACCUGGGCAGGAGGGCUGGCUACCUCAGUGCCAGCAACAUGCCCCUGAAGACCACGGAGCCCAUGGCAGGGAGAGCCGGCUGGUUCUGGGACAGGUACGAGACAAGUCCGGACAUGUCCACGUACCUGGUGGCCUUCAUGGUGGCCGACUUCCUGAGCACCGAGGCGCGGAGCGGGCAGGCCCACCCCGUGACGUACCGCGUCUGGGCGCGUCCCGAGGCCAUCAACCAGACCAGCUACGCCCUGCGGGUCGGCCCCAAGGUGCUGGGCUUCUACGAGGAGUACUUCAACCUCAGCUACCCGCUGCCCAAGAUGGACAUGGUCGCCAUACCCGACUUCAGCGCCGGCGCCAUGGAGAACUGGGGGCUCGUCACCUACAGGGAGACGAGCUUGCUGUACGACCCGGAGGUGACCUCGGCCGAGCAGAAGGCGAGGGUGGCCUACGUGAUCGCCCACGAGCUGGCGCACCAGUGGUUCGGCAACCUGGUGACCAUGAGGUGGUGGUCCGACCUCUGGCUGAACGAGGGCUUCGCAACUUACGUCGGCUCGCUGGGGGUCAACUAUGCUCACCCGGAGUGGGAUUACCUCACCUCCGAAGCAUUCGAGAACAUCCUGACGACGAUGUCGUUGGACGCGCUCAAGAGCUCCCACCCCAUAUCGGUCGCCGUGGGCAGACCCGACGAGGUGCAGCAGAUAUUUGAUGCCAUAAGCUACAAGAAAGGCGCGACUCUGCUGCGGUCCAUCAGCCUCUUCCUGAGCGAAGAGGUGUUCCGGCGCGGUGUCAGCAACUACCUGCAGCGACACCAGUAUGGCAACGCCGUGCAGGACGACCUGUGGCAGAGCCUGACGGCCGAGGCGCACACGCAGGGUGCCCUGCCCAGCGACAUGACGGUGAAGACGAUCAUGGACACGUGGACCCUGCAGACUGGCUACCCGGUCGUCUCCGUCAGCAGGGACUACCAGCGAGGGACCGCUGCCCUCACGCAGAAACGGUACCUGCUGGACAACUCAGAGCCUCAGAACGGGACUUCCGAGUGCUGGACCAUCCCCAUCACCUACAGCAGCGCGAGCCAGCCCACCUUUGAUGACACUGCACCACAGCUAUGGAUGACAUGCGACCACAAGGUCACCAACAUUUCCGACAUGCCUGGGCCAGGGGAGUGGGUCGUAUUCAACAACAGAGUGUCUGGUCUGUACAGAGUGCAGUACGACCCGAGAAACUGGCAGCUCAUCAGCGAGGCGCUGAACGGCGCCGAGUUCACGCGCAUAAACGUGCUGAACCGGGCCCAGCUGCUCAACGACCUCAUGAACUUCGCGUGGACGGGGGACGUCGGCUACGACGUGGCGCUCGGCGUCUCCAGCUACCUCCAUCAGGAGCGGGACUACGUGCCGUGGAGGAUCGCGCUGGGGGCCUUCAGCCGGCUGGACAAGAUCCUCCGGAGGACUCCCGACUACCACCUCUACCGGGACUACCUGAGGAGCCUGCUGAGACCAUCGGUGGCGCGGAUCCACGACAUCACCGACGUGCCUGAGCGGUACCUCCUGCUCAAGCACCACCUGCAGCUGGUCACAUGGGCCUGCCGCCUGCACAUGGGCACCUGCAGGGAGCAGGCCACCCAGCUGUUCCGCGAGUGGAUGGUCACCUCGCACCCGGACUCCGAGAACCCCAUUCCUAGAGAUCUACGGAGCAUCGUCUACUGCACGGCUGUCAAGUACGGUUCCGAGAUGGAGUGGAACUUUGUCUGGGAACGAUACCUCAAUGCCAAUGUACCAUCAGAGAAGAACACCUUGCUGAGUACUCUCGGCUGUACCAGAGAGACAUGGAUUCUCAGAAGGUUCUUGCAGCUGGCUCACACACCCGACAGCUCGAUCAGGAAGCAGGACAGCCGCUCUGUUUUCUACGCCAUCACCAACAACAUUAUUGGCUAUCCCAUAGCUAAGGAGUUCUUCAUCAACAACAUAACACAAAUCCACGACUACUUCCAGCCAAAUCCUGGGAAACUGUCAAGUUACAUCACAACUUUGGCGCACCACAUGUUUACACAGAAAGAAUUGGACGAGUGGCGACACUUCCUGGGCGCGCACGAGCGCCUGCUGAAGGAGGCGGGGCGCGCCGUCAGACAGUCCGUGGAGUCGGUGCGCGUGAACGUGCUGUGGCACCGCCAGCACUACCAGCUCUUCACGCGCGCCCUGCAGCUGCGAGUCGACUCCUGACCACUGCUGUCAACGUGUCUCCUUACAGUUCCUCCCCAACCAUUCAACUGCUUCUCUGUAGCUGUAGUCGCCUCCUGGCCACUGCAGUUCCCUCGGCAACCCUUCAGCUGUCUCCUUCAGCAGCGAGCACUGCUGUCAACGUGUCUCCUUACAGUUCCUCCUCAACCAUUCAACUGCUUCUCUGUAGCUGUAGUCGCCUGCUGACCACUCCUCGCAGUUCCCUAGGCAACUCUUCAGCUGUCUCCUUCAGC